UGGCUAAAGUUAACUCGCUUGCUAGCUACUUCCAGACAACAUUGAGAUAUAUCCGGCAACACAGUUACAAUCAUCAACGCUAUGGAUAACAUGAACAAACAAACAAACACGAACAAAGCCUAGCUCUGCAGAGCUCUCUAGGCUUUGUUUCAUGUUAUCCAAAGCGUUGGUGAUUGUAACUGUGUUUCUGGCAACAAUUUAAUUACGUUUCUUUGCCGACGUUGACUGACACCGGUCAUAUUUAAGGCGUAUUGAACGUUCAUAAAUUCAUCAUUUAUUCUGCACUUUUGCACACUCAGACGGGAGUGCUCUGAAAUCGAAGUACAUAGCCAGAGUGAAUUUACGAAAGCGCCCAGAGAGUAGCAGCAUUUUUUUAACAAAAUAAACUGUAGAAAUGGGCGGUGUUUAUGUAUGUUGCGCGGUGGGUUAUGGGUUUGAGCAGAGAAGUAAAAUGGCGGAAUUGGCAAACGAAGAGAAGCCUGCCAUAGUGCCACCAGUGUUUCUGUUCCAAAAAGAUAAAGCACAGAAGAGAUCAGCUGAUGGCUCGAGUGCAGAAGAUGAAGGUUCAGACAAAGAGGAUGGUGGCUACUUUCCUCCAGUAAAAAGAGAGAGGACUUCAUCUUUAACACAGUUCCCACCUUCACAUUCUGGGUCUAGUAAGAACAAUGUCUUCAUGCCCUCAAGUUUCUGCCAGUCUCCAACUGGGAAUUCCGAGGACUCAGAACCAGAUGAGAAGCCUGUAGGGUUUCGUUUAAAACCACCUACUCUCAUCCACGGCCAGGCGCCUAGUUCAGAUUGUGUUCCAGGCGUCCCCAGUCAGAAACCCAAGGAGCAGCAGCGCAGUGUGCUCCGGCCAGCCUUGCUCCAGGCCCCACCAGUCAAGUCCAAAUCAGAGUCCACUAACGGGGUGAAGAAGUUUUCCGACGGAACGUCAGAAGGGUCGAGCAUCUUCCAGAACAACACUGAGCACUCAGACGUCCUCGCUAAGUCACCGAAACAUGAAAGGGAGGAUGGAGCAAGCAGAGAGAAGAACGAUUGUUCUGCAGAGUCCUCAUUCGUGUUUGGGCAAAAUAUCAAAGACCGAGCAAAGUUGGACGAGAAUAGUAAAGAUGGCAAGUUGUUACCCCUGGAUUCUCAGGAGGGAACAAACUAUUUCUUACAAUACAUCGCCACCCCCAGUUCAAAGAACGCCAUACACAAUACCGACAAGGGGGCCAAAUUUGUCUUUGGACAGAACAUGUCAGAGAGAGUCCUAAGCCCUUCCAAGGGAGGGGAGGCAUCAGUGGAAGACUGUAAAGUCUUACCAGCUCCCCCUGUGUCUGAAUCCUCUUCCAAGGAAAACAUACCAGAGAAGGGUAACAACGUGACAGAGUCACUGGAGGAAUCUGCAGCAGCGUACACCAAAGCCACAGCCAAGAAGUGCAUCUUGGAGAAGGUAGACGUCAAAACUGGAGAAGAAUCAGAAAGUAACGUUUUGCAGGUCCAGUGCAAGUUGUUUGUGUUUGACAAGACAGCCCAGACGUGGAUAGAGCGGGGUCGAGGGCUGCUCAGGCUUAAUGACAUGGCAUCCACAGACGACGGAUCACUACAAUCACGUCUAGUGAUGCGGACCCAAGGCAGCCUUAGAUUGAUCCUGAACACCAAACUGUGGCCUCAGAUGCAAGUGGACAAGGCCAGCGAAAAGAGUGUCCGUGUCACCGCCAUGGACACAGAAGACCAAGGGGUUAAGGUCUUCCUAAUAUCGGCUAGUUCUAGGGAGGACACAGGUCAGCUGGCAGCAGCCCUGCACCAUCGUAUCCUGGCCCUGAAGAGCCGGGCGGACCAGGAGCCCCAGGAGGCCCCGGCUGCAGACUGUGCCCCUGAGGCUGACUUGCCCCACUCUGAAGGGGACAGCGAUGAGGAAGAUCAGGUCAACAAUGCUGCAGUUAACUCAGAGGGAGGAGAGGCCCAGGCUGCUGGAAGUACAUAGCGUUAGUCCCCCUAAAGGAUUGCCUGCCAGGAUACUGCUACUGCUGUUUUGGCAUUUUACUGAGGGCAUCCCAACGGACAUCCUACCCUGACCAACAUGAGUCCUUCAGACCAGUACUUUUGGAUACUCAGAAGUCUAGCUCCAGUUAUUUUUUUCUUUACAUUCAAUCAACAUAAAAACAUCUGGAGUUGUAUUUUUUAUUGUUAUAUUUUAUUUUUAUCUUUUGUUUUCUCAACUGCAAAAAUAAAGACUUAUUUUUGCAGCUGAGACAAAAACAAAUUGGGGACUUGGCUGCUCAUCAUAUUGAUGAGGGUGGGGGUGUUUUCCUCUCCAACAUUUUAAGGUAUGGCACAUGUUUAAGACUGCAGUUUCUACCUUGGGACUUUUUUUACUCACCAGACCACCACCACACCUCUGGGACCCAACCAACCACCCCAGGCUCCAGAGGAACUCCUGUCUGUCACCGUAUACUGACCUGUCUUAUGGUCAGUCAUUUGACUGGUUUCUACGUCAUCCCCAUCCAUUCAGCUUUCACAUGGGGGCUGAUUCCGACCUGAGUUAAGCGGGCGUAAAUGGAACGUAAUUCCCUUUUUAUGCACUUCUCUCUGACCUUGAACUUAAUCCACUAAUAAUUCCACCACCUUUACGUGUGAGAGGAAACCAUGAAUAUGGCAGAAAACUGAAGUAUAUAAAAAUGUCCCACAGUAAAGUUUAUGAUAUGCUGUGUCGUUAUGCAGAAUUUAAUUUGUACGGCCUUUUAACUUGCAGGGAUGGGCACUCUCAAAAGUCUUAAUUUUAGGCUACCCCCCAACUUUCUCCGUUUCCUAUUUCUAUCAUGUUAAAUAUUAGCCACUAUCAGUAUCGACGGUCAGUAGGCCUAAUAACCACACUUAUACCAUGGCGUUGUUAAGUACUAGUUUCUGAAGGGGAUUCUAGAGCGUGCGUUAUAGGGAAAUAAAGCACGGUAGAAUUCAAUGGCUAUAGUUCAUCCUUACAUGUUCUGUGUUUGAGCUGCAUUGAAAGCCAAAGUCGAAUUGAAAACAUUGGCAUUGUUGAAUUAGAUUUUCAUAAUCGCAAGCUAGGUCUGAUGGUUUGGUUAGCUAAUCUAGCAAGUCUGUUUUGUUAUCUAGUAAAGUUCCUAGCUACCUUAGUGGAUGUUGAACACAUUUCUAGAGGCAAAUGUGUUAAAUUAUUGGCAUGGUAUAAAAGGGAUAAUCUACUCGGGGCUCUGCUUUCUCUGGAAAAUAAUGCAACUCGUGGAAGGUCAGUUCCACUCUAGUGCGUCGUGGGACACACCUUCCACGUUGUUCAUUAUUUUCCAUAGAACACUUAGCCGUCGUUGAUUAUCCCUUAAAUAUUUGUUCUGCCAAUUUACUGUUCCCUUUAUCAUUUCAUUUAAUUACAUUGUUUUAUUGACCUUAAUUUGCUUUCUUUGUAAAUGCAUUCAUGGCUAUGUGGUUGUUGCUGACGAUCAUUAGUAACAGUUUGUAAUAUAUUUUUUAAACGUGUAGAGGCUAAUUAAAUCAUGGAGUUGAGCGCAAACCAAGCUGUAACAGUUUGAACACGACACAAUACUUGGCCGUGUCAUCACACAGUUUCAUGGUCAGUGCAUGCAAUAGACGAUGGUAGAGCCUACUAUUGUACACUAUUCUCCCUAUUAUAAUUCAAUAUGCGCUAAUCUUCCAACAUUGCCAUGGGUAAUUGAAUGUGGCAAUUUUCAGAAUGAAUCAAACCACCUUUUUCUUUCUUUCGUGCAUAAAGUCUCGCUAAACCUGUUUUUUUAAUGAUUCAUAAAUACUUUCCUAAACCUGAAUAAUCGUCAAGAUCAGAGUAUUUUUCAAUCUACCGACUGGUGCUGAAAACGGACAGAUAUGCAUAUGUUUAGAUUGCUAUCUUUCAUUGAUCCAUAAUAUUCUGAACUCGUUCUCAAUAUAUUCUAGUGAGUCUGUCAUCAAAAUUCAAACUGGAAGGGAUGGCUUAAGAUAAAUGUGUUGAACCCUGUUGGAUGAAAAAUCUGCUUGCCAGCAAAUGUGAUUGAAUAAAUUUUUUUCAGAGCGUGUUACCCGACUAAGGUAAGUCUGAAUACCAAAUACUGAGAAGUGUGUAGGAAACGCAUACGUUUCCUAAGUCUGAAUCUGCCCCAUGUUGAAUAUUUUCCAGACAUGUCAUUAAAUUUUGGUCAUGAAUUUCAUGCGGCAUCUAACAAAAAUAUGUUUCUAAUGGCUAGGGCUGGUUAGCAUCCCUCAGACUUUGAUAGCAGUUUCUUAGUUUUCUUCUUGACUUAGUACAUAAAGUACUAAAACAAAUACAUAACUCUCGUAUGGGUUAAUGCUCCAAGCAUAACCAAGUAACCAAAGUAUCUUCUGAAGUGUGCACUCAUUCACUACCCACAAAUCUAAAAGCAAUGAAUUGGAGGCAUGGGUUUCCACCACAUCUGUUCCACCAAUUAUUUCCUUUCAAAUCAGUGAAAGGAAGUGCACAACUACACACUAAAGGAUGAAAGAGAAUUGAGACUAAGCCAAGCAUACACCUGGAAAGUUUCUAUGGCUGAGUUGUCUACUCAUUGACUGUUGUUUUUGUUAGUUUUUAUGUUUCUCAGUAAAUUAACGUGACGAAUAUAUACUGAACAAAUAUUUAAAUGCAACAAUGCAGAAAUUUCAAAGAUUUUACUGAGUUACAUGCAGUUCAUAUGAGGAAAUCUGUCAAAUGAAAUAAAUGUAUUCGGCCCUGAUCUGUGGAUUUCACAUAACUGGGAAUACAGAUAUGCAUCUGUUGGUCAAAGAUACUUAAAAAAAAGAAAAUGGCCAUCAGGAUUUCAUCACUGUAUUUUUGUGCAUUCAAAUGGCUAUCGAUAAAAUGCAGUUGUGUUCGUUGUUCUGCCCAUACCGUAACCACACCGCCGCCAUGGGGCAUUGUUCACAACUUGACAUCAGCAAACCGCUCGCCCACACAACGCCGUACACAUGGUCUGCAGUUGUGAGGCCGGUUGGAUGUACUGCCAAAUUCUCUAAAACAACAUUGGAGGCGGCUUUCGGUAGAGAAAUUAUCAUUAAAUUCUCUGGCAAUAGUGGACAUUCCUGCAGUCAACAUGCCAAUUGCACACUCCCUCAGCUUGAGGCAUUGUGGGACAAAACUGCACAUUUUAGGGUGGCCUUUUAUUGUCACCAGCACAAAUUGUACCUGUGUAAUGAUCAUACUGUUUAAUCAGCUUCUUGAUAUGCCACAUCUGUCAGGUGGAUAGAUUAUCUAGGCAAAUGAGAAAUGCUCACUAACAUGGAUGUAAUCAAAUUUGUGCACAAAAUUUGAGAGAAAUAAACUUUUUGUGUGUGGACAAUUUCUGGGAUAAUUUAUUUCAGCUCAUUAAAUAUGGGACCAACACUUUACAUGUUUCUUUUAUAUUUUUGUUCAGUAUACAUUCUGCAUGUCAUUGUUUUAAUUUCUGACAUCUUGAGGAUUACUAUUGUUAUUAAAAAAAAAAUGUAGUUGAUAUAUGAACUUUUUAUCAAUUUUCAUUGGAGAUAAAUGUUGGAAUAAAGAUUGAUUUUGUGUGA